UUUAUGUAUGGCGCAAACAUGGCGUAAAUGCAAUUAGUAUGCCGUGCUCUUCAAAUGCAGCGUCUCUAUUUCCAUAUUUCUAAUACGCGACAACUGGCGACACGUUGACUACUUUUAUGCAGAUGUAGUUGUUACAGUUUUGAUACAAUGAAUAUGUAGGCUGCGAAUUGCGAACAUGUAUAAUUAUUGACGUUUGACACGUUGACGAAUACAUGCUGUCGAGCCGGUUGUGGAUUAUUCCAAUUUCUUUCUUUUGACGAAAGAUAUUCAAUUUGGGGAAAAUGAGGAUUGUACAGCUUAGAAGAAACCGCUUGUUCCACAUAUUGAUCGGCAGCACAUUAGUGUUGUUAGUUUUGUAUAUUCUUCUUAAUUUUUCUUCAGACAAUCAUAUGAAUAAUAUAAAAGAGUACUGGGCACAGGGUCUUGGCAGGAAACAGAUACCGGUGCUUAUAGAAGGUUUAGGAAAUUAUGAAUCACGUGAUAUAUCAGUUAGAUCAGGUCCUGGAGAAGGUGGUAAACCACAUAUUUUAAGAGAUGAUCAGUUAAAUGAUGUUCAACAAUCAGAAUCCGAUUAUGGUAUGAACAUGGUAUGUUCCGAUGAAAUUUCAUUAUCAAGAUCAAUACCAGAUACCAGACCUGCAGAAUGUAAGCAUUGGAAUUAUCCAGAAGAAUUACCACGCACCAGUGUUAUUAUAGUAUUUCACAAUGAAGGUUGGUCUGUUUUAUUGCGAACUAUCCAGAGUGUUAUAGAUCGUACUCCAUCAAAAUUUCUUGAAGAGGUUCUUCUUGUUGAUGAUUUUUCCAACAAAGAAAAUUUGAAAGGAGACUUGGAUUCCUACAUUGAACAAUGGGAUGGAAAAGUUAGAUUACUUAGAAAUUAUGAAAGACAAGGUUUAAUACGAACACGAUCUCGAGGAGCGCGUGAGGCCAAGGGAGAGGUAAUAGUAUUUCUAGAUGCUCAUUGCGAAGUCAAUGUGAAUUGGCUGCCUCCACUUUUAGCGCCAAUUGCUGAAAAUAGAAAUGUAAUGACAGUUCCUGUGAUAGAUGGCAUUGAUCAUAAAACUUUUGAAUACCGUCCUGUAUACCAAGAAGGACACUUGUAUAGAGGAAUCUUUGAGUGGGGCAUGUUGUAUAAAGAGAAUGAAUUGCCCAGACGUGAAGCCAAAACACGUGCACAUGAUAGUAUGCCAUACAGAUCGCCUACGCACGCGGGUGGCUUAUUUGCGAUAAAUCGACAAUACUUUUUAUCACUGGGUGGAUACGACGAGGGGUUACUUGUCUGGGGAGGAGAAAAUUUCGAAUUAUCUUUUAAAAUAUGGCAAUGCGGCGGAAGUAUUUUAUGGGUUCCGUGUUCGCAUGUUGGACAUGUUUACCGAGGGUUUAUGCCUUACACAUUCGGUAAACUCGCUCAAAAGAAGAAAGGACCAUUGAUAACUAUUAAUUACAAACGAGUUAUAGAGACAUGGUUCGAUGAGAAGCACAAGGAAUUUUUUUAUACUAGAGAACCCCUAGCCCGAUUGCUUGAUCACGGUGAUAUAUCCGAACAAUUAGCCUUUAAGGAACGCAAGAAAUGUAAGAGCUUCCAGUGGUAUAUGGAUAAUGUGGCAUAUGAUGUGCUAGAUAAAUUUCCAGAAUUACCACCAAAUAUUCACUGGGGAGAGUUGCGAAAUGUAGCAAUUGGAUCAUGUUUGGAUACCAUGGGUCAUGCUCCACCAAGUCUCAUGGCUACUUCCCAUUGCCAUGGAUUUGGAAACAUCAAGUAA